AUGAUGUACCCUGUUGGUUCUGUUUACACUUCUAUGAAAAAUACUAACCCAGAAAUUUUGUUUAAAGUUGGUAAAUGGAAGCAGAUAACAGACAAGUUCUUAUAUUGUGCAAACUCUUCAAAACAAACUGGUGGAAGCAAAAAGAUAUCUGUCGACAACUUGCCACCACAUAGUCAUUCUGGUACAACAAGUUCUAAUGGAAACCAUAGUCAUAGGGUUUGCAAACAAGGAUAUAACACUGUUUCUCAGACUUCAAUGCAAAUUCAAGUUAUGUCAAGAUCUCAUUUUCCAAACGACCCAGUAGACUGGAAUGGAAUGUGGACAGAUACAACUGGAAACCACCAACAUACUUUUACAACAACAUCUACAGGAAAUGGAACAGACUACAUGCCACCUUACAUGACAGUUUACGCAUGA